AUGUCGUUCCGAGGCGAUUCGCGAGGUCGUGGUGGAUUUCGAGGGGGUGAUAGAGGAAGAGGAUCGUUUGGAGGAAGAGGCGGAGGACGAGGUGGUUUCCAGCAACAGAGCUUUGGGCCGCCCGCCCAGGUUUUCGAAAUGGGCACAUUCCUCCACGCCUCCGAGGGUGAAAUGGUGUGCGAAUCCGUCAACCCAAAAAUUCCCUACUUCAACGCCCCGAUCUAUCUCGAGAACAAGACCUCGAUAGGAAAAGUGGAUGAAAUUCUUGGGCCGAUCAACCAAGUCUAUUUCACGAUUAAACCACAAGAAGGAAUCCAAGCAACAUCUUUCAAGACGGGAGACAAAUUCUACAUCGGAGGUGACAAGCUGUUGCCUUUGGAAAAAUUCCUACCAAAGCCAAAGCCACCACCAGGCGCCGCGAAAGUGAAAAAGCCAGCUGGUGCCGGACGAGGAGCCGCGAGAGGAGGAUUUGGCCGAGGCGCCCCUAGAGGACGUGGAGCACCACGAGGCAGAGGAGGUUUCACUGGACGAGGUGCGCCCAGAGGAGGACCUCGGGGAGGCUCCUUCGGUGGUCGCGGUGGGGGAAGAGGUGCACCAAGAGGUCGCGGCCGCUUCUAA